UCUCUCUCUCUCUCUCUCUCUCUCUAUACAUUUUCUUUUGUGUUUAUCGUGUGGACACAGUCACCGAAGCUGUUACUCUCUCCGCUUCUCUCUCCUCCUCCUCCGUCGUCGUCGUGGUCGUCAGUGCACGGCGGUGAUUCGCCGUCUCGUCCGCUCCGGUGCCGCUCCGUCUCGUGUGUUCCACUCGAACGAAGAAGAGCGCAUACGCAUAGAUUCAUCGCCUUACGUUAGUUCCUGGAUUUCGACGAUUAUAGGCUCUGUUUUUCUAGCUUUUCUUUUGGCUUCUGGGCUGUCCGUCUGCAAUGCGCGCGAUUUUUGAGUUCGGUCUCGUACUGCGUUCAUGGCAUUGCGUGCGUGAGGAUUUGAGCUGUACAGCGAGUUCUUGUUGUAUGUUUAGCUGAGUCAACCCCGAGCCGUGUGAGAGCUCGGGGGAUCGGAGUCGCUAUGGAGGCUGAGAAUCGGGACCGGAUCGGUGAAUCGGAGCCGAGGAGUUACUAUUUGCAGAAGUUCAGGCUCUACGAGACUCGCUCGAAGUUUUACAUGAUCGGAAGAGACAAAAGCAGAAAUUUCUGGCGAGUUUUGAAGAUCGAUAGAGAAGAUGCUUCCGAGCUUAACAUCAUUGAGGAUUCUGCAACCUAUACGGAAUAUGAGUGUCUAGAGCUACGGAAACGGAUACAUGAAGGGAACCUGAAAACAGGCGGCCUUAAAUUUGUCACCACUUGUUAUGGAAUCAUUGGUUUCAUCAAGUUCUUGGGACCAUACUACAUGCUGCUUAUAACAAAGAGGAAGAAGAUUGGUGCCGUCUGUGGCCACACAAUAUAUGCUAUUACCAAGAGUGAAAUGCUUCCAAUUCCAAAUUCUACUGUUCAGUCCAAUAUGGCUGUUUCUAAGGAUGAGAACAGAUACAAGAAGCUCUUAUGCACGAUGGAUCUCAGGAAGGACUUCUUUUUCAGCUACUCAUACCAGGUUACAUGUAGUCUUCAGAAGAACUUUGGUGACCAUGAGAGUCGGGGGAACUUGUCUGAGACAAUGUUUGUGUGGAAUGAGUAUCUAAUGCGUGAUAUUCGGGAUAAACUCAAGAACACUUUAUGGACGGUCACGUUGGUUUAUGGUUUCUUUAAGCAGGUUAAACUUUCAGUGUUGGGCAGGGAUUUUUUGUUGACUCUGAUUGCCAGACGCUCACGUCAUUAUGCAGGCACCAGAUAUCUAAAAAGGGGUGUAAAUGAGAGGGGUAAAGUAGCCAACGAUGUGGAGACGGAACAAAUUGUUGAAGAUGUUUCUGGAGGGUGCCCAAUUCACAUAAGCUCUGUCAUUCAAAACCGGGGCUCUAUUCCCCUUUUCUGGUCCCAGGAAACGUCAAGAUUGAAUCUCAAGCCUGAUAUUAUUUUAUCAAAGAAGGAUCACAAGUAUGAAGCAACAAGACUUCAUUUUGAAAACCUUGCCAUGAGAUAUGGGAAUCCAAUUGUAAUAUUAAACUUGAUCAAGACACAUGAAAAAAAGCCUCGAGAAACUGUUCUUCGUGCCGAGUUCUUGAAUGCCAUCAGAUUCAUCAAUAAAGGUUUGACCGAAGAGAAUCGCCUGAGGUUUCUACAGUUGGAUCUACAUAAGCACUCAAGAAACAAAGGUACCAAUGCGUUGGCACUUCUUGGCAAGGUGGCCAAGUAUGCACUCAACCUAACUGGCAUAUUUUAUUGGCGAGUAGCAGCAAAUUCAGAGCAGGAGGGAACAAUAAUCACAUCAAACCUAGGGAAAACUGAAAAGGCUGCUUGUACUUUACCAGAACUUUCCAACCAAAUCGAGGAUUCUCAGUCUCAGAGCAUGCAAGCUCAAACCAUUGGUGGCAGUGGCAGCUCUAGAGGAAAUCUCAGUCUGAAACCUCCAAUGUUACAGAAAGGGGUGCUGAGGACCAACUGCAUUGACUGCCUAGAUCGCACAAAUGUUGCCCAAUAUGCAUAUGGACUGGUUUCUCUUGGAAGGCAGCUGCAUGCAUUGGGAAUUCUAGACUCUCUCACAAUUGAUCUGGAUAACCCUUUGGCGGAAAAUCUAAUGGAUCUCUAUGAAUCAAUGGGUGACACCCUUGCAUUGCAGUAUGGUGGUUCUGCAGCACACAACAAGAUAUUUUCUGAGCGAAGAGGUCAGUGGAAAGCUGCAACGCAGUCCCAGGAGUUUUUGAGAACCAUACAACGGUAUUACAGCAAUGCCUAUGUGGAUGCUGAGAAACAAUCUGCCAUUAAUGUGUUUUUGGGAUAUUUUCAGCCCCAACUGGGGAAGCCUUCAUUGUGGGAAGGAAGGCGCCAUCUUAACUAUGCGGAUGAAAAUGCUCGGUCGUUUAUGAAAAGAUCACUAUCUGAUGGAAACAUUUCCUGUGAAAGCGAUACGCCUAUAGCAACCAAAAACCUAAUUUACAAUCAGCCUCUCAUUGGACAAGUGCAAGGAGGUAACAAAGGUUUUUCAGAGUCUUCUCCAGAGAUCUCAGCCAGUGAAAGUGAUGACUCUACUUACAGACAUAACCCGACAGUUGCUUGCAGGCAGCCGUCCGAGAUUAUCCAAGAGGAUGAAUGGGAAGAAAGUGAUGACAUCUGUUAUGAUGUUCACGAUGACGAAUUUGAUUUUAUGCACUUUCUGGAUGUAGAUGGUCUUUCUUCCUCGGCAAACUCUUGCGAUGAAGAAGUUUAUGAGAGGUCAUCUAUUGCAAGUGUAGCUCUGGGAAAUUUUAUCACUAGACCGAAUUCUGAUAUGACCAGGCAUGCAAGUGCAUCUGGGCCCAAGUUGGAGAGAAAGAAAAAGGCUGGGAGUGACCCCAGUGGUGGUGGCACUGUCGAAUACUCUGAUGACUUCGAGCGCUGGGUAACUAACGGUGGAGUGUUGUUCUAUUGAUGACUGCUUACAAGUUAUACAAGAACCAAAAAAUGACGAACUCAUAAUCUUCAAUUCAACCCAUCCCAAGGAUUCGGGUUUCUUGUAAAUGGGAAUAAACGGCACAGUCCUUGGCCAAGGGGGGAAAAGAACACCGAAAUGAUUCCUUGAGAAAGUAGAAGAUGAUAAUUUUCUCCCUUCGAGCUGAAAUCGUGUUGGGUCAUGUGAAUCUGCAGCAUUCAUCCGGCCUCACGCAGGUCUGUUACGAUCCUUAACUCUUACUAGCAAUUCGCUAGGAAGGAUAUAAAUUUAAGUGGCCAAAAUCUCUUUGGAGCUGCUUUAGGGCGAGACAAAAAUCUCGGCAGGGCUCUCACUUGUAACCCAAUUUUCCCAACUCUCUUGUCCAAUUUUGUAAAUAAUAUGUAAUCUCUUGCCCUUGGGCUUCAGUAUAUAGUUGUAGGUUUAAUUUUGAUUCGGUAGCAUGGGAGUUUAUGCAUCAU